ACAGUACACGACGGGCUGUUUGCUUUUUGUGUUUUUAGUGCGUGUACUGUAUAGUAGUAGUGUUUCUAUCAACAAUAAAGCAGUAAAUAGAAGUUUCGAAUUUCAUCCAUUUUCUACCUCUUAUCUUCUUUAAUUUCCCUCAUGGGAUUAGAUGCAGGGGGCCAGGCCGCUAGUGGAGGUGGUGCGCCUGGGCCUGCUCUCCUACCAGGAAGCGCUGCAGGUCCAGCGGGUCUACGUCAAGCGCCACCAGGCCGGUCCGGCUCACGCUCUACUGCUGUGCCAGCACCCGCCCGUCUACACCACGGGCAUCCGCCAGAAAGCCGAGCCGCCCUCCUCGCUGGACCGCCUGCGCCUGCUGGGAGCCCAAGUCCACAACGCCGACCGAGGAGGCCUCAUCACGUUCCACGGUCCGGGACAGCUGGUCUGCUACCCGAUCCUGAACCUGGGCUCCUUCAAGAAGAGUGUCCGCUGGUACGUGUCGCAGCUGGAGGAGACCGUCAUCUCGGCGUGUAGAAGGUUCCACGUGGAGGCGUCCAGGUCUCCUCACACCGGCGUUUGGGUCGGCGACAACAAGAUUUGUGCCAUCGGCAUCCGCUGCUCGCGCUACGUCACGUCGCACGGCUUGGCCCUCAACUGCAACACGGAGCUGUCGUGGUUCCGCCACAUCGUGCCGUGCGGCCUGCAGGGCAAGGGCGUGACCUCGCUCAGCGCCCAGCUGCACAGAGACGUGGGCGUGGACGACGCCGUCCCUCACCUGCUGGACGCCUUCGCAGACCACUUCCACUGUGACUUAGUGGAGAAUGAAUCAAGACACUGAUGAGUCCAGGAUGAAUGUCAUUAUCCACAAUCAUGUGCUCUCUUUAUCAACUCUUUUACAUUAUCGACAUUGUUCGCCAUUUCAAUCAUUUCACUUGAUCCAAACUUUUUCUUACGUACCACAUAACUAAAUAUGAGUAUGUUUGAUCCCUGCUUAUCUUCAAUCAAUAUUAGUAUUGUAUUGGAAAUCGAAAAGUUGUAUAGGGACACCGCUAUUUAUAUGUAUUGACUAUUUGCAUAAACCAGGGGUCCCCAAACUUUUUGACUGGGGGGGCCGCAUUAGGUUAAAACAAUUUGGCUGGGGGCGGGGUUAUAUAUACUGUAU